AUGUCGCUCAACGGCAUCAAAGUAGUAGAAUUCGCAGGCCUGGCACCGGGUCCAUUCGCAGGUCUGGUACUCGCUCACAAUGGCGCAUCCGUCAUCCGCAUUGAUCGUCCAUCCUCAACUUCCAAAGAUCUGCUUUGCGCGGGAAAGCGGUCGAUUGUGUUGGACAUGAAGACUGCGAGCGGAGUGCGAGUCGCGAAGGACCUCAUUGCCAAAGCAGACGUCAUCAUCGAUCCAUUCAGACCUGGAGUGCUUGAGAAGCUUGGGCUCGGUCCUGAGGUGUUUCAUACAAGUGACAAGCGGGAAGGUCUGAAUGACAAACUUAUAUAUGCAAGGCUCGCAGGGUUCCCAAGAAAUGGUACGCAAGCCAUGUGUCAUGAUAUCAAUUAUAUCGCCCUUAGCGGCAUUCUCUCCAUGCUUCCGGGAACCGUGGACAAGCCCACCUUUCCUUUGAAUCUAAUUGCUGACUUUGCUGGAGGCGGCCUACUUUGCGCGAAUGGUAUAUUACUGGCUAUGAUCGAGCGAGGUAGGAGUGGUCGUGGACAAGUUGUGAAUGUAGACAUGGUCUCUGGUUCGCGUUAUGUAUCGUCUUUUCCACUUCUAAGUGCUGGGAGCGGUGUCUGGGGAGGACUGCGAGGCACGAAUCUCCUUGACGGUGGCGCGCCGUUCUACGAUGUUUACACCUGCUCAGACGGAAAGUGGAUGAGCGUAGGGUGUUUGGAGCCCCAGUUCUUCGCGCAAUUUAUUGGCAAAUUCAACGAGGUCAUGAAAUCCAGUGGAAAGCAAGGGAGUUGGUCACCGUCGCGGUCGACGCAGUCUACGAAGGAAGAUUGGCCCAAACUUCGGAAGUAUCUUGAAGACGGUUUCAGAACACAACCAAGAGACUUCUGGACGGAAGUUUUUCACGGCACUGACGCUUGUGCAGUUCCAGUCCUGUCUCCCACGGAAGCAGCUCAGCUCCAUGGAUCACCCUAUCCUGUGCCUCAUCCAGCACUCAGCAGAACAUCACCAUCACCUCUACAAGACGAAAUCAAAACACUGGAUCCAGGGAAACACACUGCCGACAUUCUCAGAGAACUCGGAUUGUCUGAAGAGGACAUGAGGCAACUUGUCACUGAAGGGGCAUUGGGUAAAGAAGCACGAGAACUAGAACGUCCUAAAUCGAAAUUAUGA